CUGUCUCCAGGUGAUGGAGGCCAUGCUAGUUGCCGCGGUAACGGCGACGGUGUCUUUCGCCAUGAUCUAUUUCUCUAAUGACUGUCAGCCUCUCGGACCUGACCAGUCAGAGGACUACCCUCUACAGUUGUUCUGUGCGGAUGGAGAAUAUAACUCCAUGGCAACGGCCUUCUUCAACACACCUGAGAGGAGCGUCCGCAGUCUCUUCCACAACCCACCAGGUUCCUACAACCCUCUGACUCUAAGUCUGUUUACGUUGACCUAUUUCUUCCUGGCCUGUUGGACCUAUGGCCUGACUGUCUCAGCUGGAGUCUUCAUCCCGUCUCUGCUCAUAGGAGCAGCCUGGGGAAGACUGUUUGGGAUACUGCUGGCUGCUAUCACGCCUAACGGAUCGGUUUGGGCCGUUCCAGGGAAGUAUGCUUUAAUGGGAGCUGCAGCACAACUGGUCCUCUGUGUCAUUCCUGAGGUCUUCCUCUGGUGUGAGACCCCGACUGUUUACCUGGUGCUCUCUGUGCUCUCUGGUGUGAACCCUUGCUCUCUGGUGGGAAUGUGCUCACUGACUGAACCGAUAGUGCUCUCUGGUGUGAACCUCUGCUCUCUGGUGUGA